ACAGCCCUGAUUAUCAUUACUUACAACUACGUGCCUCCUUGUGAUCAACUUCACCAUGAAAACAUCUCUUGUUCUUCUAUUAGUCUUAUUUUUUGCAAGCGGAGCGAUUUGUCGGCCAUUGACAAACAGUUCUCCGGGACUGGUUUCAGAUGGAGUGGAGGAGGAAAACAGGUUUUCUUCGUAUAAUACGAUAGGGUUUAAAGGAAUCAUCGGGAAUUCAGGCAGCAGCAGGGAGGAAACCUGCGAGCAAAUGUACGGGUUUUUGCCGUGUUCGAAGACAAUUCCAGGACACUUGUUCUUGAUUCUGGUUUACGAGUACCUACUUUUCCAUGCUGAAUCCUAUGUUGCCUCCGGAGGGGAGAGGAUUUUCAAGAUUCUUGGCCCUGGUGUGUUCGGUGCCAGCGCUUUCCAGGUUAUCGGGUCCCUCCCAGAAGCCCUCAUUCUUCUUGCAUCUGGGCUUUCAAGCAGCGACGAGAUUGCUCAAGAAUGUGUGUUGACGGGAGUCGGUUUGCUCGCUGGAUCCUCAAUCUUGCUACUCACUAUAAUAUGGGGAACCUGCAUUAUACUCGGGAGCCAAUCAUUUUCCAGUCAUUUGCACUCUAAUCUUUCAGACAACAAAAGAUACAACCCUCUUGAAAGAUUGUUGUUUUCCUUGUGGCCUGGCCAUGGUGUAGUGACGGAUUUGGGCGCAAGUUACACUUCCAUGAUCAUGCUUCUGUCCGUGAUACCAUUAGCGUUAAUCCAAAUUCCAAGAAUUUUCCAUUUAUCUUAUGCUCCUGAAGAAGGAAUUUUUGUACUCAUCAGUCUUGUUGUCUCAAUCAUGUUCCUGCUUUGCUACUUUUUCUAUCAGUUCUUCCAGCCUUGGAUUCAGAGGAGACGAUUGCUGUACAUUAAACACGAGCAUUUAGUCGUAGACAUCCUAAAACAUUUGCAGAACGAGACGAUGGGGAAACUCUUGACCGACAAUGGAUCUCCAAAUGUGUCAACCAUAAGAAGGCUAUUUGAAGAGAAGGAUCAAGAUGGAGAUAAGGUUAUCUCUUUCUCUGAGCUCAAAGAAUUUCUGCAAGAAAUCAAAUUCAGGAACCUCCAGUCGAAGGAUGAUAAUAACACUGCUGAGAUCAUGAAGGAAUUUGAUAUUGACGAGGAUGAGAAAAUAACAAUGGAUGAAUUUGUGAAUGGAAUGACAAAGUGGCUUGAUGAUACGAAGGAUGCGAUGAACAAGAGAUAUCACUCGGUUAAAUCACUCAAGGACAUGUACCAGGUUCUUAAGCCUUGGAUUCAGAAGAAGAGGGAAGAACGUGAAAUGAUGAAACAUCUGAUUCCAGAUAUUUUAGAACAUCUUCAAGACUCUGUUUAUGGGAGUCUUUUGGCAGACGAUGGGACUCCAGAUGUCCCUGCUAUAAAAAGGUUGUUCAAAGACAUCGAUCUUGACAAAGACAACUGCAUAUCAUACUUUGAGUUGAAGGAGCUGAUGACGAAUAUCAAGUUUGGCAUAAUCCCAUACGAUGCAGAUGUAGCAGCGUCCAAGAUAAUGGAAGAACUCGACAUAAGUGGAGAUCAGUUGAUUGAUGAAGAGGAAUUUGUUACCGGAUUGUCCAGAUGGUUAAACACAGCUCGCAAUCAAAGUCCUAACUCAGAUGAGAGUGAAGACAAUGAUUAUCAAAAAACAUGGGAACAGACAGACAAGCUCGUGGAAGACAAGUUCAUCGACAAGUCACCGUUAGCUUGGACAAAAGCUAUAACUCUUUUAGUACUAGGAAUCAUCAUGCUCGGGGUCCUAGCCGAACCUCUCAUCCAAAGCGUUCACGAUUUCUCUAAAGCUGCAAGAAUCCCAUCAUUCUAUGUUGCAUUUAUAUUCGUCCCAUUGGCCACCACAGCUCGAUUAGCAGUGUCUGCCAUCAAUGAAGCCCGGAGGAAGAAACUACACACGACUUCUCUGACGUUGUCCGAGAUAUACGGUACUGUGUUCAUGAACAACAUUCUGGGAUUAGCCGUUCUUCUUUCACUGAUCUAUUUUCGCGGUCUGUCGUGGAAUUUCUCAGCUGAGGUUCUGAUGGUCCUACUGGUAUCAGCCAUCAUCGGCUUCCUCGCAAGUUUCAACACAGUCUUCCCUGUUUGGACAUCAAUCUUGGCUUAUAUGCUGUAUCCAUUGUCAUUGAUCUUGGUCUACAUCCUUGGAGAUUCUGAUUGGUUGUCGUAAAACCUGGACCAGGUCUCUCAAGAUCAACAGAAUUUGUAAACUGUGCAUAAAAAGUUGUACAGUCUAUCGAUAUAUUCUUUUAUUCCUUAGUCCCUUUUGUAUGAAAUUGGAGCAGUUAAUAAAGACCCCAUAAUUUUAUUGUC